GGCUGGUUCUCCUCCAGUUGGCUUCUUCAACUGUAUGUUUUUUGUUAAGUACCUAAAUUAAAAUGUUACAUAUUAAACUAAUUUUAGUCUCUCAACUCAGCUACCUUUUUAUAAGCUUUUAUUUAACUUGCCCUGUUCUGUUAGUAUAUAUGCAUGUGUAUAUUAGUGUGGGUCAAAUAUUGACUCACUUCCCGAUUUCCGACUGAGCUGAAAUUAUGCAAUAUUAUGAUAUUGAGCUGAUUAUGGAGCCAGGAGGUGGCCAUGGGAACUCUGUGACAAAACAACGCAAACUAAUUGUUUUUGGGUUAUUAGAAUUGUCUCGAUGAGUAUUAGUUGCCUGUGGAAAAAAAGUACAGUCGGCGAUAAAAGCUUGUACCAAAACUGAAAUUUUUGCCAAAUACUUAUACUGUAAUAAUUCACCGCGCCACUUCUUUACCCGCCUGAAAUAAGUGGUAGACUUGUUAAGGGAUUUUUAAAUACAAAAAAUAAUAGUAAACAUACGGUAUUUUCGUUACCUUCAAUACAAUAUCAAACACAACUUAUUUUUGAAGACAAAACAGAGAUUUGAGAUUUGAACAAUAAGCAGACAAAAUAAAAGUUUUCAAAACAAGCGGAUACCUCUUUUGUAUAAAAUAUCAGCUAGAUAUACAGGCCAAUUCGAGCUUCGGCUACUAAAUCUCAUUCUAAUAUGAUACUGACCUGAUACUGAUCUGUCAGUGUUAAAAGUGAUGUUUAUGGAUGAAAGUUGACAUAAUUCAGCAGGUCCUCUAAAGGAGAUUGGAACCAUCUCAUAUUGGAAUGAUGUCAGAUCCAUAUUAGAUCAGUAUCACAUUACCUAUAUUUUUGAAAUUAGCCUGAUAGUUAGAAUUUCUAUUGUCUGCGUUAUUUUUAAUAGGUAGGUACCCGGCCGACAAAAAUAUAUUAACUAUGAGCAGUAUGAACUUUACUCCGUUGCAACGCAUCAACUUUGAUAAAACCACACACACGUAUAAACGAAAAUUGCACCUGUAGUUCACUAUGUUCGACAGUUCCUGCAGGUAAAUACAUAGUACAUAAGCCCGGCAGUAUUGAUUUUUACAAUUUAUGUACUUAGUUUACCUACUUGUAUAUAGUGGACUGAAAUGUCCGUGAAACGAUGAGCUCGGAUAUGAAUUUAUUUUUAACUUCGUUUUUCCAUCGCCCGCAAUGCGAAAUUUUUACUCUUUUUGUUACGUGACUAGUUUAAAUAAAUUGAUUGCGAUGUAUAUUAAAUAAACAUAUAUGUUAGGUACCUAUCUGUUAGGGAGUUGUUGUUAUUUUAAUUCUUAUGUAGUUUGAAACAGAAACGCUACACGAUUUACCAAGCGUUCAUAUACGUUGCUUUGUUAAACGAAGAUUGUGUUCGGCGUUAGCCUCCGGGCGCUCCCUGUUCCAUCAAUUUACAGGGUUUAGUUACAUAGAUUAGGAAGGCAGGCUUUGUUUACACCGAGCUAAGUCGAUAGAAGCCGCCUUGAGACGAAGCACGGGGAAUCCACCUGAAGUCGGGCAGAUGCGAGGCAGCUGCCGGCCCGGCCGGUCCUGUCCCCCCCGCGCGCACCCGCGCCCCGCCGGCCCGCGCAAUCGCGGCUAACAGUUUUAUUUCACCGAAUAAACUUUAUCAAACAAAGCGUGCGUGCCCCGCGCCCUGCAACUGGUCGCCCAGCUGUUCCCGGUGCAGCUGCCGUCGGCGUCCCGCUCGCGCGCGCCCGCCGCCGCGCCGCAGGAGAGAGACGAACGGCGCCCGUGUAAUUGCGUCGAGGCCCUUCAAUUCCCUGUGCACGGCCCAUUCGCAGUCUGCAUCCUGACGCCGGCAGGCACGCGAUGACUAGCAAGCGCAAACGCGAUUGUGACGAAACUGACGAGAUGCGGGCGAAGCGACGGCGUAAGCGGUCGCGCAGCGAGCCGCUGCUUCAUGACUCGGAGAGUGCGGAGAAGAGACAGGCGCUGAAGCGGCUGUUCGGACGGAUUUGUUCAGUGGAACUGGAUGACACACAGCGCGAGGAGGAGGCUCGCGGUGACUUCAACGACGAGAACGAGGACCCGCUGCUGGACUCUGUGCCGGUGGACAUGGAUCCCGAGCAACUCGGGUUCCUGGUGUGCGCGCAGGAGACGCUGCGGUUCCUGCACCGGCGCGGCAUCCCCAUCGAGCACCCCGUGUUUGCGCGGCUGCGCUCGCGGCUGCUCCGCGGAAUCGACGAGAUGGCGGUGGCCUGAGUGUUGCUGGGCCCGGAGCCCUCCAAAACCUAAUUCUUCGCGCCCGCUCGGACUCUUCAGUGUUUAUUUAAUGAGUGUACGUCAUUGGUGUUACCUACAAAACAUUCCUAUGCCGGGCUCCGGUUAGUGCUUAAGGAAAAAGCCGUAAGGCUGAAAAUUGCUAAUCGAAGCAACAGGUGGCCCGAUGGGCUAAUCUAGUCACUACCUAGUCAAAGUUUACGAAUUAUAAUUGUUAAGCAAAUCUCUAUUGUGUAUCGAAUAAAGCGACCCAUAAAUGUA